AUGGCAUUGUCACCCGAAGGCAUCGUCCCGGCUCAGUUGGGCUUCCUUGCCAUCUUCAAUCCGUCCCUGGGCAGUACGGAUGAGACGCUUGACGACCAAAUUGUCUACUACGCCUCGGUGAGCACUCAGCGACAGAAGCGUCGUCACCGCUCUCGCGCCAAGCCCACAGAGAACAUCUCUCAAGAGGAACGCAAUGAGCGCCUGCGCCAGAUUGGCCUUGCCCAGGGCAUGGUUGAGUUCAGCAAGAGUUUCUCUGGCGGCCAGCCUGUUGACUCCAUUGAUACGGAGAAGUCGCGUGUGAUUCUCCACGAACUGGAGCCAGGUUGGUGGGUUCUUGCUGUGCGUCUGACCUCAUCCACGCGGUCCCGUUCACUUGCUGAUUGUCCGCAGUCCAUCGAUCUCACCCGCAUUCCCUUGCCUCCCAAGUUGCAGACUGGGAAGACCCAAGAAUCUGCAGAAGAGGUUGUUGAGUUUUCAUCUAAGGAAAUCAAGCCCGCAUCUCUUCUGUUGCAAGACAUGCUUCGUGCUCAUUCCACCUUCCUGCUUCACCACGGCACCUCGCUCAGCGCUUUGUUUGUCCGUUCUCGGAGGACCAAUUUUCUCAGCCUUCUCGGCCGAUAUUGGGAUCUGUUCUUGUCGACAUGGAACGUCAUGUUGCAGGGUAAUCCGGCACGCACCAUCUUUGGCGGUAUCAAUAUUGCCGCUUCCGGCGAACUGGGCAUCGGCGUCGGUGAAGAAGAGCGAGGCAGCGGAGAACGAGAGGUAUUAGAAGGCCUUGUUGGCAGGGUUGAGGGCCUUGUCGACCUCGUUGUUUCCAAGUUCGGAUCUUUCGACGCCGACGACGAGCCCAGAAAUGGCAAGGAGCGGCAGAGGCCGUGGUUGGGCACAGGGCAGGAUCCAGGCCCCGAGGAUGGUGCGAUUUUCCUAGGAACAGGAGCUUUGUCUCGGAACUCGGUCAGAGAUCUGUCGCAUUGGAUGGAGGACUUGUACACUUGGGGUGAAAACGCCUAUGGUGUGAUCGAGAGUCCGACUUCUCUGCGCGCCGCCCGACGUUCGAGGAAAGCUGCACAGGCGCCGGCUUCGGCUUCGGUAACCAAGUCAUCGAAGAACCGGAACGCUCCAGUUCGGCCUCCAAAUCAGUCCGAUGGCAAUCGCUCUGACUCCGGCUCCGGGUAUGGAAGCUCGGGGUCUACGAAGACACUCGCAGAACGGCGUGGUCGGGUGAUUGGCAUCGUGAAGGAAGCCAAGCGGACAGAAUCCACUAAGGGGGACAUCGCCGCUACCGCCACUCCUUCUGCCCCUACCGUAGGUCUACCAGCGCAUGAAGAGGGAGACGGGCACAUGGAUAAGCUCAUGACGUACAUGAAGCUUGGGUACGGCACCUACUGGUCGAUUGGCAAGUCAGGCUCAUCGUCACCUGCAGACAAGAACCAAUUGGCCGCCGCCGCCGCCGCCUUGGGAAGCGGGGAGUCUUCCAAGCGUGCCUCCACUGCGGCACGAAAGCCUAAGCCGAUAGACGACGAUGCCGGUCACUACCUCAUCGGGCUGAUAGGUGACGUUGAGGAGGGCAGUGGCGGUGAAGGCGAAGACGGCAAGGGCUCCGAUGAUGCUGAUAACAUUGAGCCGAACUCUCGUACCAUGCUUCGCACCAUCCAUGUCGAGCUCGAAAAGACGGGACAGAACCGCGCCGAAGCAGAUAUCGUGAAGGACCUCGGCAGCCUGACGAACGAGGUUACCCCUCUUGGGGCCAACGACGUGAGCUCGAACCCGCUGUUCGGAAAUCAGGACUCCAACAAGGCGAGCAAGAUGCGCGUCGUUGUUUAUGUCAAUAGGCCAUUCAUUUUCACCUUCCUAUUCGAGUUGAGGACCGAUUCGCUGGCUUGGGACUCAUUCUACAAAUCGCUGCAUUGCCAGCUUGCGUCUAUCCAAAAACCGCUGCGGUCUUCCAUCCAUUACAGGCCAGAAAAGCCAGAUGUGGGUUCCCCAGCGUCAAAUAUUUACGACCUCAUAUGGGAUGCCGAGGCCAUGACUGUGCUCUCCACCAUACCCAAUAUACCCGAUCACGCACAAAUGCUUCAGUCAAACACACAGCUAGCUUGGUCGCGCGUCGAGGCGAUGAACACACACAUGCAACUCCUCAACAUUUUCAACCUCACCCGGCAGGAGAUUAAUCAGCUGGAGCGGACCUGCAAGACAAACCGCGGGUGGUGGGUAGUGUGGCAGCGUAUCCUGGAUCGACACACAAACGCGACCGCGGCAAACCGAUACUCGGGGAACGAAGAUGAUGGCGACGCGCCAGCCUCCGAGAGCGAGGAGUCGUUGACCAUGAGCGGCGAUGGCUCCAGCACUCAGAGGCCAUCCCCGUCCCCCUUGCCCAGCCCAACGGUUAGCAAGGAGAUAUUUCUGAUCCGCAGGGCGAGUGACCAUGCGGGCUACCGCGGCGUGAGCUCGUCAUACGCCGAGGCCAGCGGAGCAGGAGCGGGAACGGGGUGGGGCGACGGCGCGGGCCGUCUGGCGUCGGGGAUUGGCAUUGAUACGCGCAAGUAUAUUGAGGGACUACUGAACUUUAGCCGGUAA